AUGUGGUCUUAUAUUCAAUAUAGUCAGAUAGGGAGAGAUGUCGAGCAACUGAUGGAAAAAGAGGGUAGGACAACGAGGGUUCAGGAGGACGUCGAAUCAGCGAGAGAGCAUUGCUUCCCCCUUGUCACGCAGAUGAGUCGAGAGAAUGGCCACUCUGCCGAAAAGGGUCAUGCGACUGAGAAGGUCGUAAUUCGUGUUGAAAACGACAAUGAUCCGCUCGAUUCAAAGAAUUGGCCUCUGGCAUCCCGCUGCGAGAAUAUCGCCAUUAUUUCCUUCCUAAUAUUCAGUCAGGGGUGGGCGGGAGCAGCAGAGUCGAUGGCGAACAAGAUCGCAAGCGCAGAGUUUGGCGUUAGCCAAGUCGCCGAAAACUUAUCAACCUCCAUGUACCUCUUCGGCAUCGGAUCCGGAUCCGCGUUGACGCCGACGUCCGGGGGCCAAGUCGCGUGUCGCUUUUUCGUCGGCCUCUUUUCUAGCGCCACGCUGAGCGUCAACGGUUCCAGUGUACGAGACCAAUUCCGCCCUGUCAAGAGGCGAAUGUUGCGGCUUCUGCGAUGGCACCGAGCUGGCGGAUGGAUUGUCUCGAGCCCGAAUCUUUCGUGGCGUUGGACAGGCUGGGUGAUACUGAUGAUAUCUAGCAUUGUCUUUUUCCUGCGACGCGUCACUGGCGAUAACCGCUACGUCUCCGAACACGCCGAUUCGGCGUCGUUCACUCGUAGGCUAAGACAAGUCGGCCCUCUGCCUGCAAAAUUGCUUACGCAGGAGCCCGUCAUUGCCGUGUUUUCCGGGUAUCUAACCUUGCUCUACGUGCUGCUGUUUAUAUUCUUGUCCGGGUUUGAUUACAUAUACAAAGUCACUUACCAACUCUCCACUGCCAUGACAAGAUCCCGCUUUGCCUCGAUUGCGGCUGGGGCAACGUUCUUUACGCUCUGGUCCGCGAUCGGCGAUCAGAAGAGUGUAUCGAUCUGGAGCAACCUGGGUGCUUGUUUUGUUUUUGGAAUGGUAAUAAUCGCGAUAUACGUCUCGAACCACGCCGCCGUAGGUCUAGCUGGCAUCACAAUAGCUCGUUACUUGGUUGCCGGAGGCAUGGUUAUGGCCGCACGCCCGAUGUAUGAAGGCAUAGGUACGCAUUGGACGAUGACUCUCCUGGGAUGUAUUGCUGUGAUACUGCUUCCAGCGCCUCUUGCCUUCUGGUGGUAUGGUCGAAAGUUGAGGUCUAGAAGCCCGUAUGCGAAGAGCCCAAGUGCUUGAAUUUGCAAUAGGUAUCCAAAUAGUAACUUCAGAAUUACUAAUAGCUAAUGCAAGGAGGUGGCACAAUAGCCCCCCUGCUUGAGUGGUCAGCCACAGCAGCCACAGUGUUACAUACGAAUCCCAAUCACCACUAUAUCCACUACUAUUUCCGACCCCUCGUCAUCAGUCAACUACUCAACAACCUUCUCGCACAAUUACCGUAGUCGAUUCAAUCCUUAGCCGCGAUUGGAGCCAGUGGCUAAAUCAACGGCGGCCGGGGAAUCAAUCCCAUAACUAACAUUCAGCGGUUUCGUCUCUACAUCGGCUGCCAAUCCCAGCACGCGGACGACCUAACUGUUGACAAUCUUGAUCGCUUUCGAGGUUGGACUGCCUAAUAGGUACCUAGCGAUACUUUGAGCGUAGCGUGGAACGUGUAUAGGCCAUUAUCUUCAUCUUGGGACCUCUUCAUCAUGCACUCGGAAUACGCGUGAGGCACGACAAGGGAGUCGCAAAUCUAUAGGUAAUAGGGAGCCUUCUGGUGAUGGUGAUGGG